AUGAAAUGCAUAAAUUAAUCGAUUCUACCAUUUUGUUUGUUAUUACUUUGUUGAAGGCGUCAAAAGGAGAAACGAGUUUUCACGAUUUUGAAGUGUCCAGUGAGAGGAUACACUUUCGGUGUCGUACAGGGAUCUAUCCAUUUUCUGUGGAGAGGUUGGCAGUACCUGAUGAUAAAGUGAGAUGGGACUGUGAUUGGUCGGACUACAAACCACCUUUUUUCACAGCGUUUUCCACCGUUGGACAGCCUUGGGCUGAUUCCGACAUAGGAGACAAAAAUUUCAACCCACAAUGGAACAGCGUUGAUGGAUUGCUAAACCGCAGAAGUUACAUCGGGACCUACAAAGUUUCUAAAAACUACCCGAUUAACCCGAUCGGAAGAACCGGCCUUGCAGGUCGUGGUGUUUUAGGCCGUUGGGGUCCUAACCACGCUUCAGACACAGUAGUGACGAGAUGGAAACGGAACGGAGAAAACCUACUGAUACACAAUCCGACCUCUGGUAAACCCAUCCUACAAAUGAUCGCUAUCCAGAAAAGAAGCGGGGAAUGGGGACUUCCUGGAGGGAUGGUCAACCCUGGGGAAAAUGUUCCUGCAGCCGGGAAAAGAGAGUUUUUCGAGGAGGUUCUUGCUUACGAAUUCAAAUCAAAUGAUUCGUUAAAAAUCGAAUUGCUCGAUAAACUUUUCAAGAAGGGUGAGGAGAUUUACAAAGGAUAUGUGGAUGAUCCUCGCAACACUGAUAAUGCCUGGGUGGAGACUAUAGCUCUGCAUUAUCAUGAUGCGUCGGGAAAGCUGCUUGACUCUCUGACACUACGCGCUGGAGACGAUGCGUGUAAUGUUUCUUGGAUGGAUGUCGACAGAAACAUACAGCUGUACUCGGCCCACCAAAAGUUUGUUUACAAAAUGACAAGUCGAUUAAACGCUCAUUUUUGA